AUGCUGAGGACAGCCGUGGGUUCAUUGGACGAGAGAGACGAGGAACAAGAGGAUGAAGGGGAAGAGGACAUGCGGGAUGGAGGGGUGCCCUUCUAUGUCAACCGAGGAGGCUUCCCUUUGGACGAGGAGACUUGGGAGAGGAUGUGGCGACAUGUGGCCCGGAUUCAUCCAUCGGGAGAGGAUUUAGGCAAGAGCAUCCGGGGUGCCACUGACCUGCCUAAGAUUCCAAUACCAAGUGUGCCUACAUACCAGCCUACCACCACCAUCUCACAGCGCCUGGAAGCCAUACAGAAGUACAUCAGGGAUUUGCAGUACAAUCACACUGGAACACAAUUUUUUGAAAUCAAGAAGAGCCGCCCUUUAACCGCGUUAAUGGACAUUGCUAAGGAGAUGACACGUGAGGCCCUGCCUAUCAAGUGUCUGGAGGCUGUAAUCUUGGGAAUUUAUCUCACCAACAACAUACCUGGAGUGGAGCGCUUCCCUCUCAGCUUUAAGUCCCAGUUCUCAGGGAACCACUUCCACCACAUCGUGCUGGGGGUCCACAGCGGGGGCCGGUUUGGAGCUCUGGGAAUGAGCCGCAGAGACGAACUCAUGUUCAAGCCGCUUGAGUUCCGGACCCUUAUGGACCUGCUGCAGGAGUUCCAAGGGGCAUACAGGAGCUACUGGCACACCCUGCGCAAGGUCAGGAUAGGCCAGUAUGUGUCUCAUGACCCGCACAGUGUGGAGCAGAUUGAAUGGAAACACUCCAUCCUGGACCUAGACAAGCUGAGCAAAGAAGAGCUAAGGAGAGAGCUGGAGAGACAUACGCGGGACAUGAGGCUCAAAAUCGGAAAGCCUCCUCCGUCCCCCACCAAAGACAGGAAAAACAGCAUGGGUUCUCCCCUCAAAGGCCCGGGCAGUCCCAUGCGCAGGAUAAGCAGAGUGGAGAGGCGUCCUUCAGCUGAGAAGAAGGUUUUGGAUCAACAAUCUUCUGGGGACAUAAAUGCUUAUCAGAUUCGUGUCUGA